AUGCUCGCCUACGUGGCACUGGCCAUUACUAUGGUCAAGUCUAUAAUUGCGAAGCAUGAUCAAAGCUAUGCUAAUGUGACAGGCACUUCGGCCACAACGUUUCCAACUGACAUUGGAUUCGGGGGUGAGCAAGUGUCUGGUGGUGCGCCAUUUAACGCCAUGGUCGACUAUAUUGGGUCGGACCACGAAGACGUCGUUGAAAUGCGCUGGCUUCCAAAGAAUGAAGCUCAAGAUAACGCUACUUGGCAGGACCUUUGGUUCAAUCUUGGUGAAUUUGCUCCAUACCAUCCCGCUAAACAGCUGUUCCCCGAGAUGCUAAAAUAUUCCUCUGUGCCAAAGCAUUGCAAUAUCAAGCAAGUGCAUGUGAUACAUCGCCAUGGUGCCAAGUAUCCUGACAAGGGACACAAGUCAGGUCCCGGCAAUUUUGCCAAGAAAAUUCGCGAACAACGAGAGAACGGCUCAUUGGAUGUGUCUGGGGACUUAUCUUUCCUUCAACACUGGGAAUAUAAAUUGGGACAAAAGAUUUUAACGCACCAAGGCUCAGAAGAAAUGUUCAAGUCGGGCGUAAAGCAUUACUAUGACUACGCCCAAUUGCUGGAGAAGUACAACAAGAAACCUGUGUUCCGUACAUCUUCUCACAGCCGUGUCCUGGAUUCUGCGCGCUACUUCGGUCUAGGUUUUUUUGGCUGGGAUGCUUCUGAAAGGUAUCAUCUAGAGGUUCUGACGGAAGAGGAUUACCAGAACAAUACUUUGGCACCCAAGAAUGCUUGUAGGAAUGCCGACAAUGAUGACUUUAUGUUCGACAAUUACUUGAGCUCACAGUGGCAAAACAUAUACCUUGAAGCGCCCCGAAAACGCUUGCAAAAUAACAUCCGGUCCCUUACGUUAACAAACACUGACGUUUACAAUAUGAUGACGGCGUGCCCCUACUUGACAAGCGGCAUUGGUUUCUCUCAGUUCUGCAACUUAUUUACGAAGGAAGAAUGGGAAAACUUUGAGUACGAUCAAGACUUACAGACUGUUGGAAAACAUGGUUUCCAAAACCCGACUGCACGCGCUCAAGGCAUCCCGUAUGUGCAAGACCUGGUGUCGCGUUUGCAGAAGCGCAAGUUCCAAGGCCCCGUGACUGCUCAGAACAUGACACUUGAGCAGAGUGGCACCUACACGCCGCUUGAUCAACCUCUAUACAUUGACUUUUCACACCACAGCGUGAUUUCUGGUAUCAUGACGGCAUUGAAUCUCACUCAGUUCAAGGAGCGCAUGGAUCCCAAAAACCCAGAUCCUCAUCGCAAAUACCGUACAAGUCACGUCACUCCCCUUGCGAUGCGGAUGGCUUGGGAAGUUAUGGACUGUUCUGAUCAAGGCAAUAGUGAAACUUUUGUUCGUCUGAAGCUGAAUGAUGUUGUCUACCCGUUGGAUGAAUCAAACGGAUGUGAGAAGCGAAAGGAUGGCCUGUGCAAGUUGGAGAGUUACACGGAAUUCCUUGAUAAACAUGCAUACAAGGCAUCUAAGUUCGAUCUUGCCUGUUUUGGAAGGAACGGCACUGAUUUUAACAUCACUGGACCGGUGACAGAUGGAACUGUGCCGGAUGACGCAAUUUUGUGA